AUGUACGAUUUACGCGCCGAUACCCGCCAGUUCCUCCUCCUCACUCUCAGGCCCGCAAAACCUGUCUUGAAGCACAACAUUCAGAAGCGUGCGGGCAACUGGGCCAGACGCUGGGUUGGAUGCCGACCUCUACUGGCGUGCAGCAUCUGCGGUGGCAGCACAUUGCCACGAUCUUAA